AUGCGCCGACGGAAACCUAUAGCCGGGUUUACACUGAAUGGAUUAUUUUGUUGGUGCAUCGCAUUACUCAUAAGCUUUUGUUACAUUUCGUCACAAUGUUUGGCGGCACAUUUAGAGGAGCGCAUGGAAAUUGUGCGACGCAUACUGAAAGAAGUGCCUUUGAUCGAUGGUCACAACGAUCUUCCAUGGAACAUCCGAAAAUUCUUGAAAAAUCAAUUACGCGAAUUCCGUUUCGGCGAAGACUUGCGCGAUAUUUCUCCAUGGUCCACGAGUUUGUGGAGUCACACAGAUCUGCAUCGAUUGAAAGAGGGCAUGGUUGCGGCACAAUUCUGGUCAGCAUACGCACCCUGCUCUUCGCAACAUUUGGAUGCAGUCCAACUAACUUUAGAACAAAUAGAUUUAAUACGUCGUUUAGUCAAUCUCUAUCCACAGCACAUGGCGUUAGUGACAACAGCAGAUGGCAUCGAGGACAGUCAUCGCAAGGGGAAAAUCGCCAGUUUAAUUGGUGUCGAGGGAGGUCAUUCAAUUGGCACGAGUUUAGCGGUGCUACGGAUGUUCUACCAGCUGGGAGCACGAUAUCUCACGUUGACGCACACCUGCAACACGCCAUGGGCCGAUUGCUGCAAAGUUGAUGAGCCGGGUCAGGUGCCUCACAUUGGCGGGUUGUCGCAUUUUGGCACAUUAGUUGUUAAGGAAAUGAAUCGUCUGGGGAUGAUUGUGGAUUUAUCUCACGUGUCUGUACCAACAAUGUUAGAUGCUUUGGCAACAUCGAAGGCUCCCAUUAUAUUUUCCCAUUCGUCAGCGCACGCCAUCUGUAAUAGCUCACGAAAUGUGCCUGAUCAUGUGUUGAAAAGAAUCGCUGUAAAUGGCGGGUUAGUUAUGGUCGCAUUUUAUCCACAUUUUCUAAGUUGUGCCGAAAAAGCCACAAUAAAAGAUGUUGUUGUUCAUAUCAAUCACAUUCGUGAUGUUGCCGGAAUAGACCAUGUGGGUAUCGGAGCGGGGUAUGACGGAGUAAAUAGAGUGCCACAAGGGCUGGAAGACGUCUCAAAAUAUCCAUAUCUAUUUGCCGAGCUACUCGAAUCCGAUCGAUGGAGUGAAGAAGAUAUUGCCAAAUUAGCGGGUAAAAAUUUAAUCAGGGUAUUUAAACAAGUAGAACAGGUCAGAGACAAAUUCGAGGCACAAGGAAUGCUUCCACUCGACGAAUCAAUACCGCCGGAAGACAUUCUCGGACGAUCUUACUGUCGAUAUUCUGGACCAAAAACAUAG